UCGAUGCUUUCCGAAUGCCAUUCCGAGUCCGAGAAGCGAGCAGACUGGCAGAUAGAAUUAAAUGAAAGUGAGGGAAUUUACUCGGAUUGACUUUCCUAAAGCACAUUUUAAUUCCCACAAUCAAAUCAGAUAAAUAUCAAUCAUACCCGCAUUCAUAUCGCACACCUUAUAAGGAAGGUACAUUAACCUGAUAAGUUCGAACCGGUCGCCACAAAAGAAGUUUCAGUGCUUCAAAGACCGUAGCGAGGUAACAACAACGGUCACGAUGGAAGUGAAUUUGUUAACGGCGGCUGCCAUCGGCGCCAUUAUCCUGCUGCUAUUUUACUAUAUGUCGAAAAGCUAUGAAUACUUCCUGUCGAAACCGGUCCCCUGUAUCAAGCCGACGUUUUUCGUCGGCAGCACCGGUCCGGUUAUGUUCCGCAGAAGCGACGUAACGUCGCACUUCAAAAUGCUGUACAAUGCCUUUCCAGAGGCCAAAAUUGUAGGCAUUUACGACUUCAUGAAGCCGAUUUUUAUGCUGCGCGAUGUGAACGUCAUUAAGAAGAUCGCUGUUAAAGACUUUGACUUCUUUACGGAUCACACUCCGAUGUUGAUCAGUGGCGCACCGGAGGAUGAGGUCGGUGGAGAGAGUCUGUUCGGUAACUCGUUGUUUGCGUUGCGUGGUCAGAAGUGGAGAGAUAUGCGGUCGACGCUGAGUCCGGCGUUUACCGGGAGUAAAAUGCGAUAUAUGUUUGAGUUGGUGGCGAGCCGUGCUCGGUCAAUGGUGGAUUUCUACAAUUCGGAAGCGAAAGCUGGGAAAACUUUGGAGUUCGAAAUGAAGGAUACUUUCUCGCGGUUUGGAAACGAUGUGAUCGCAACGGUCGCGUUUGGAAUUGAGGUCAAUUCGUUGAAAGAUCGUGAUAAUGAGUUCUAUUUGAAAGGAAAGCAGAUGCUGAAUUUUCAAUCUUUUAUGAUGCUUAUUAAGUUUUUAAUGUUGAGGAGUAUGCCUCGUUUAAUGCAGAAAUUGGGAGUUGAUUUCUUGGACUCAAACCUGGCGGACUACUUUAAGAAAAUGAUAGUUGAAAACAUGAAGCAAAGAGAAGUGCAUAAAAUUAUUCGUAAUGAUAUGAUUAAUAUGCUAAUGGAAGUUCGGAAAGGACGGUUAAAGCAUCUAAAGGACGAACAAGAUCUGAAAGAUGCGGGCUUUGCCACCGUAGAAGAGUCAAAUGUUGGAAAAACGACACAUUCUCGAACGUGGACCGAGAACGAGCUGAUUGCACAGUGUUUCCUAUUUUUCCUAGCAGGAUUCGACACAGUUUCAACCGCUAUGUGCUUUUUGACCUAUGAACUAACAAUCAACCCAGACGUUCAGAAUCGUCUGCACGAGGAAAUUGUUGAAACCAAUCAAUCAUUAAAUGGCGCUGCUUUAAGUUACGAAGUCCUCCAGAAAAUGGAAUACAUGGACAUGGUAGUUUCGGAAGCGCUUCGUAAGUGGCCACCAGUUGCUGUGUACGAUCGCUUUUGCACCAAAGACUACGUUUAUGACGACGGCGUUGGACCUCGCUUCGUUAUCGAGAAAGAACGAACGAUUUGGAUCCCAACGAUUGCCAUUCAUCGCGAUCCAAAGUACUAUCCGAACCCGGAAAAGUUCGAUCCGGAACGAUUUAGUGAGGAAAAUCGAUCGAAGAUCAAUGCAGAAGCCUAUCUACCAUUCGGAGUGGGCCCGAGGAAUUGCAUCGGUUCACGAUUGGCGCUGAUGGAGGUGAAGUUGAUUAUAUACUAUCUGCUGAAGGACUUUAGCCUGGAGCCGACCGAGAAAACGCAGGUUCCUUUGGAGAUGUUGAAAAAUCUUUUUGCAAUUCAGGCUAAGAAUGGUGUGUGGGUGGAAUUUAAACCGAGAGGUGGAUAGGUGAUACAUUUGACGCGUUGAAUUCUUCUGUCUGCUAAUAGAAUUUUGGGGAUGGUGACAUGUAAAGUAAUAUAUAUUGUCUCUUGUGGUAUAAAAUAUGACAGUAUAAACUGGAGAAUUGUGAACGAUCGGUAUUUUACAUGUUCUUAAAUGUAAAUUUAUGUGAAUUUCGACGCUUAUCUUGCGAGAGUUGUAAUAAUGUCGGUUACAUCACCUAACAAUAUUACCUAAUUCCAUGUGUUUUCAAUAAAAACUGCAAUGAAUUAUUCCAAAUUAAUGGAACUAGA